CGUCAUACUCCCCAAAAGGCGAACAUUCAAGAAUUUUCGAACGUAGAUCGCAGAGCGUAUAAAGGGCCUAGCAUUGAAGCAAUUCUUGAAGUUCAAGACUAACCUCCAUUCUCAAUUCUCGUCUCAAAUCUCAGUUCUCAAACGCGCAAACUUAUAAACGCCAACCAACAAAAUGUCUUCAAUCUACUAUUACGAACCUUUUUACAACUUUGACCGUUUCUUUGACGAGUUCUUUUCCCGAACCGGUAGAACUCCUACUCCUUCUCAUACUGGCGAAGGCGGUCAGGCUGUCCAGAGACCCAACACCGAUUUGGUUUCUCAGUCUUUGAAGCCAAGAAUGGACCUCCACGAAAACUCCUCAACAAACUCGGUAACCGCCAGUUUUGAACUCCCCGGUCUCAAAAAAGAAGACGUCCAAAUCGACGUACGCGACGGGCGACUGACGGUCUCCGGAGAGACUAAGAUCUCUGAGGAACAUAACCAGGAUGGGUAUGCUGUCCGUGAGAGGCGGUUUGGAAAAUUCUCUAGGACUUUGAGGCUACCUCAGGGGGUUAACGAGGAAGAAAUUAAGGCGUCGCUUGAGAACGGUGUUCUUACCGUCUCUUUCCCCAAAGCUGGCAAGGAGUCCGCACCCAAGAAAAUCAUGGUCUCGUAAAUCUCCGAUGACUGUUUUGUACGGAGCAUUUCAAUAUCGUUAUAAAGGACACAUGUAGGAUAUUACAAUUACGGAAUGUACAAUAGCUUUGGAAAAAUUGGAUUGCAGUAUCGAU